AUGGGUUUCUUCUCCAGGAAAAAGGAUCCAGCGGUGCCAGUCAUCACCAAGGUUCCUUCAAAUACCUCUACUCAUUCUGUACAUACAUUGAAGCUGCUUUUGAAGCCUAAGCCUCAAACAGAAGUGCCCGUAGACAAAAACUUAUUGAUUCCAACGAUCGUGACAAAUGACGUUAAGAUUGAGACCAAUGACCGCAACAGGCGAGUCAGUACUAUCGUUGAAGAUGAGCAGCACGCUGAUUUUGAAGGCGAUGACUUUGAAAACGAAGACGAUGCUUCGGAUUUUGAAAGUGAGGACGAUGAUUACGAAGAACAUACUCAUGCAUUGAUUCCAAGACAUACUGCUACGGUUUCCCAAUUAUCUGCGCUCAUGGGACUUGUAGGACUUUCUCAUACAAAAGAGGCACUUAAAAAGCUUGCUAAUGAAGAGCUGAGGCGCACGUUUUCGUUGAUUUCCUCCGACUUGAAGAUCAAUAGACUUCUGCCAACUAUGAGCACUUCGGAUCCCCAUCUUUUUGAGUCUGUCAUCGGCGACUUACAAAUGAAACUUAUCAAUGCACUUACCAGCCAGCUUAAUAACCUCAUGGACGCUCUGCUGGAUCUAGACGUUCAGUACCGUCUUGUUGAUGACCACAGAACCUUGUUUGAUAGAUACGGAAAUUUCAAGGAUGUCAUUGGCAGAGGCGCCUAUGGAGUGAUAAAGAUUGUAGAUCCAGACGACAACGCAGACGGAUUUGCUAUUAAGAAUAAGGUUUAUGCCGUGAAGGAACUCCAGCAACGUACGAGCACCGACAAAAACAAAGAGACUAGAGAGCUCUUUCUCGAACGUGCAGUGUCGGAAUUCAUCAUUUCCUCCACUUUGAACAACAAGCAUAUAGUCCGCACGUUGGAUUUCUUGGUGACAUUACCUCCCAGAAGUAAAUCUGGUAUACCUGUGGAGAUUUCCGAGAAUAGUCUUAAAAUCAGCCAGGUGAUGGAUUGCACAAAUGGAGGUGACUUUUUCUCUUACAUCAAACAGUCGCUUGCCUCUCGACAGUACAUCUCCAUCGACGAAAUCGAUUGCAUGGUCAAACAGAUCACCAAAGGGUUGUGGUACAUGCACAAUCAUGGAGUUGCCCAUUGUGACUUAAAGUUGGAGAACAUUUUGAUCACAUAUGACACCAGGACGCCACAAGAGGGCCAAAGAGGCAAAAUGAAUUUAAAGCUUUCGGACUUUGGAAAGUCUAAUGUCGUGCGGACGAAAUGGGACGCCGAGGAACAGUUGUCUACUAGUGGACCAGUUGGUUCCGGUCCAUACAUUGCGCCCGAAGAGUACAUUCCAACAAAGAAAGGGUACUCGCUCAUUAAAAAAGACUGCUGGGCACUUGGAGUUCUAAUAUUGGUUCUUUUCAAUGUUCGGCGGUCGUAUUUCGUGGGGAAAUAUGGCGAGGUGUGUCAAUUGGGAUACUACGAUGAACAGGCACAUGAGGACACCACAAAGAACUACAGCUCGUCAUACUUGUGGCGCACUACUGAGGCAAAGACAAUCUCACUUUCCAAACACAGAAAAUAUAAGGAUGAAGUGUUUGACGAGUACGUGAGAAGUGCUAUGGUUGCAGACUACGACAAGAACACCAAAGAAUGGACAAUUCACUCACCAGGAAAAUUUCUCCCCAUAGAAACAUUAUUCGAUGCUAAGGAUGACGGUUCGAUGUUCGAAAGAGAUGCUGAGUUUGAGGAAGACGACUUUCUUCUACGAAAGUACUUCAUCUACAAAUUGCUCGACAUCAAUGCACGCACGAGAGCUAGCGUGGAUAUGGUGUUGAGGAGCGAUUGGUUGAGUCCAGUAGAAUGCUGUUGCGAAUAG